CACAGUUCCUUGUAGUGAAUAUUUUAUUUGGGAGCCAUUUCAUUUGUCGAGCCCGGAACGACCGGAGCGAAAAUAUAAAAAUGUCCAACACGGGGGAUACUGGUGACACUGUUCUCUCCAAUGAUAUGAAUCUGACAAAUGAACGGGGAAAAUUGCUAACAAAUAUCGAACCCAUAGAAGUGGUUACCUUAAUUAGUGACGAAUCGGAUACGGAGCCCUCACCCAAACGGAAACCUGCAGUGCCAAAUGUAUCUACAAACAGCAGUAGUGGUGGUGCUGGAAGUGGCAGCGUUAGCGCUACUGGCAGUGUUAAAAAAUAUGCCGGGGAUGGUGGUGGCGAGGAUUCAAAUGAUGGUCAUCAUGACGAGCGCCGUACCAGUCGCCGCAUCAAACCACGAGUGGAUUACACAAAUAAAACAAAUACAACUAAUACAGAUGAAAAACCAUCCACACCAUCUGCCGGAGGUACGGGCUCAGCUGGUCACACUUCCAAUGCCAGUGUUCAUAGUAAUUCGGAAAAGAAAUCCGAUUCUCGGUCUAGAAAUAAGGAAUCUCUUAAAAGUCCUUUUGCCAAAGAAAUCACCGAUCCAAGGGAGGCUGCAGCAGCAGCUGCUGAAGCUUAUAAGGAAAUAUUGACUGGCUUGGAGGGUGCAGCGUUUCAGUCAAGACUACCUUUUGACAAGAUGACCUCAAACGAGGCCGCCUGUUUUCCAGAUAUCACCAAAACCGGUUUGGUGGCCCAACGUGUGUUCCUUAAUAUCAGAAAUCGUUUGCUGCAAAUGUGGAUCGAAAAUCCCAAACAACAGCUGAUAUUGGAAAAUGCCCUCAAGGAUAUGGAACCACCGUUCGACAGUGAUCCAAAUUUGGUCAAGCGUAUACAUUCAUUUCUCGAACGCCAUGGUUUCAUUAACUUCGGUAUAUUCAAACGUCUACGACCAAUACCAAGCAAAAAAUUGGGAAAGGUCAUAGUCAUAGGGGCUGGCAUCUCGGGACUGGCGGCUGCUCAACAGCUGCAACAGUUUGGCAUGGAUGUAAUUGUCUUGGAGGCCCGAGAUCGUGUCGGCGGCCGUAUUGCCACUUUUCGUAAAAAUAAUUACAUUGCCGAUUUGGGAGCCAUGGUUGUGACCGGUGUCUGGGGCAAUCCCAUGACAAUAUUGAGCAAACAAAUCGGCAUGGAAAUGAUACCAAUACGGCAAGCCUGCCCGCUGUAUGGUGCUGGCGGGAAACCGGUACCCAAACACAAGGAUGACAUGGUGGAGAGGGAGUUUAAUCGUUUGCUGGAGUCGGCCAGUUAUUUGUCUCAUCAGCUGGACUUUAAUUAUGCCGGCAAUAAUCCUGUUUCUUUAGGUCAGGCUCUGGAAUGGAUCAUAAAACUGCAGGAGAAAUCCGUCAAGGAAAAACAGGUCCAAUACCUCAGCCAAUUGUGUGAGGCACAAAAGGCCAUAAUUGACAAUCAAACUAAGACCUCAAGGAUCCUGAGCAAAAUAAAGCAGUUAAAGGCCCAGCAUGCCAAGUUACUGCGUAGCCGUCCGCCACGGAUAGAGGGGGAUAGUAACUAUGCUGAACAUGAGUUUGAAAUACGAUCCACCCACUAUGAAUGGUCCAAGGCCUGUAAACAAUAUGACGAGCUAUUGAAGGAGGAGGAGUUACUCCAGAAUAAACUCAAAGAGUUGGAAUCUAACCCACCAAGCGAUGUCUACUUAUCCUCCAAAGAUCGCCAAAUUUUGGACUGGCAUUUUGCCAAUUUGGAAUUCGCCAAUGCCACACCGUUGUGCAAUCUAUCGCUGAAGCACUGGGAUCAAGAUGAUGACUUUGAAUUCAUUGGCAAUCACACAACUGUACGCAAUGGCUAUUCGUGUGUGCCCAUUGCCUUGACAGAGGGCUUGGAUAUACGUGUCAACACUGCCGUCAAGGCGAUCAAAUAUUUUCCCACCGGCGUUGAAAUUGUGGCGGAAAAUCUCAAGACCAACAAUUCCUCAGUUACCUAUAAGGCCGAUUUGGUAUUGUGUACCCUUACCUUGGGGGUGUUAAAAAUUGCCACCGCAAAGGUGCAGUCGCAACAAGCCAACACGGUGAAAUUCGAACCACCCCUACCCGACUGGAAACAACAGGCCAUACAACGUUUGGGUUUUGGCAAUCUAAACAAGGUUGUCUUGUGUUUCGAUCGUAUCUUUUGGGAUCCAAAUACGAAUCUAUUUGGCCAUGUUGGCAGCACAACGGCCAGUCGUGGUGAACUGUUUCUCUUUUGGAGUAUAUCUUCAUCGCCUGUGCUGUUGGCCUUGGUGGCCGGUCGAUCGGCGGCCAUAAUGGAAAAUGUAUCCGAUGAUGUUAUUGUCGGCCGUUGUAUUGCCGUAUUGAAGGGGAUUUUUGGUAAUGGUUCGGUGCCCCAGCCGAAAGAGACGGUUGUAACACGCUGGCGUGCCGAUCCCUGGGCAAGGGGUUCAUAUAGUUUUGUAUCCGUUGGAUCGUCGGGAAGUGAUUAUGAUCUCUUGGCCGCCCCAGUUAUACCACCGAAUGUCACUAAUCCAAAACCAAAUCAGGAAUUGGAUGAAUUACCACGACUUUUCUUUGCUGGUGAACAUACCAUUCGCAACUAUCCAGCCACGGUUCAUGGUGCUUUUCUGAGUGGCCUACGGGAAGCCGGACGCAUUGCGGACUAUUAUUUGGGUUAUCCCGAGGGAACACCGCCUGACAUUGGCUAUUCAGUUGUGGAGGCGGCCAACACUGCCUCCGUGGGAGACACCGUAGAUUUGGUGGAUAUUGCCCAUUCAACGGACUCCUCUUCAAAGACUUCAGAUGACAAAUCCAAUCCUGCCGAUUUAAAUGAGUGAAAUUUAUUUUCACCACUUUCAUUUUACUAGUUUUAGGAGCUUUCUCGGGAGUCAGAUACAGUGGAAUUUGGAGGAGAAUUUGGUAUGAAAAAAGGUGGGGAGUGUAAAAGGGCCAUUUCCGCUCUUUGGGCAUGGGCUUUUCAAAGAUGGUAGAUUUUUUGAAAGACAAAAUUAGUUUUGUUUUUGGGAUCAGGGAGUCAAAAAAUGAAAUUUCAUGGGAAAAAUUAACUCGGGGUUUUACAGAAUUUUUAUUUGGAGAAAAAAGGGAGGGGAAAAUUUAAUUUGUUUUGGUAUCUGAAUCCCAUCCUAUUUUAAUACUUCUAUCUUACAAAAUAAUGGUUUUGUUGACUUUGUUAUUAUAGUUUUUAGUUUCCUACUUUCCAGCGAGCUCAAAAUCUCGUAAUAUUUAGUAUUCUAUUAUUAGUUUUUAAUAUCUUUUCAAAUUUACAUUUUUUUAUCAAUUAUCAAUAGCCAUAGUCUAAUGUACAUAAAAAAUAAUAAAAACUGAAAUAUUUUAUCAACCAAGGGGCAACGAAACUAGGUUUCGCCGUAUUUUGUUUGUCCGAUUUCAGGAUUUGAAAGAGUGAAAAAAGGCAUUUUUUGUCAAAA